CUGCGCUGGGAGUGUUUCUGGGCGCAACCACGCAGAAUUGCGCUCCUCAGGUCGCGCGGUUCUGCUUCUCGGCGUGCGAGCGUCGCCCCUGGGGCAGCGCGGCCCCCCCAUCCCGAGCCGCGCAGCCCCCUCCGCCCUUGCGCCCCGCCGGUUCCUGCGCUGCGACGGACGGACGGGGGAGCGCCGCCUGCGGAAGAGGCAUGGCCCAGGGCGACCUCGUGGAGCUGCCGGCGCUGGGCCGCCCCUUCCAGCUGGGGAUGCUGUACGACUGCCGCAGCGACGCCCUCAUCCCAGGGAUCACCCUUUGGGACCUGCAGGCACUGCAGAAGGACCUGAGCAUCCGGCCGCAGCCCAAGACCGAGUCGGAGGUCAUCGCCUCGGACUCCAUCGACGACAAGGCCUCCGCCCUCGGCGUCUCCACGUCGCUCAAGGCCAGCUUCCUGGGGGGCCUGGUCGAGGUGGGGGGGUCCGCCAAGUACCUGCAUGACUCCAAGACGUCCCGGCAGCAGGCCAGGGUCACCCUGCAGUACAAAGCGACCACCCGGUACGAGCAGCUGACCAUGAGCCACCUGGGCAUCCAGAACGUCUCCUACCCGGCCGUCUUUGAGCACGGCACGGCCACCCACGUCGUCACCGCCGUCCUGUACGGCGCCCAGGCCUUCUUCGUGUUCGAUCGAGAAGCCUCUUCUUCUGAGACUGUAAAAGAUCUACAAGGAAGCCUCCAGGUUAUGAUUGGAAAGUUCGUAUCUACCACGGGGGAAGCAGAAAUUGAGAUGAAUGAGAAGGAAAAAUCCUAUACUGAGAACUUCAAGUGCAAGUUCCAUGGAGAUUUUUCUCUGGACAAAAAUCCAGUGAGUUUCGAGGACGCCAUUCGAGUGUAUGCCCGCCUGCCCAAAAUGUUAGGGGAUGAUGGGAAGAGGGCUGUGCCCGUGCGGGUCUGGCUGUACCCGCUGACCAAGCUGGACUCCAGAGCGGCCAAGUUGGUGCGCGACAUCAGCCUCUCCCUGAUCUUUGAUGCCCAAGCAUUGAUGGAGCAGCUGAACGAGGUCAAGAUGAGAUGCAACGACCUGGCAAGGAGCCCCGUGACCGACGCCUUCCCAGAAGUCAAGAGGAAAAUUGAGCAGUUUGAGGAUCUGUGCAAGCAGCACCGGCAGACCUUCCAGAAGCAGCUGGCAAGCGUCUUGCCUUCCAUCCGAGGAGGCGGGAAAGAGGAAGGGGCCCUGGCAGACAUCCUGGCCUCCAUUGGCCACUCACCUUUCAACAGCCAACGACUCGGGGAGUUUCUGGAUGCCAAGGAGCGAGAGAUCAGUUUUGUGAAGUCAUACCUCGCGAUCCUCAGCGGGGUGGAGGUCAUCUCCUCCUGGAACAAGCUGGAAGAAGUAGUGCUGGACCCCCGGAACGAGUUUGUCGUCUCCUUUACCUUCACUUCCCUGCAUGACGAGGAGCUGUUUCUGUUCCAACUGCAGCGCUGGCUACAAAGGGCGUUUCCGCAGCCGGGGGACGAUCCAGGAGCCGGCGCGACUGCCCCAGGGGCGGGCAAGGCCUGGUUUGAGCACCAAGAGAAAGUGCAAAAGGCUCGGAAAGCUGCCAGAUCCGUGGCAGACUUUGCCCGUGUGAACAGCGCCAGUGGGACGACCCGCUUUGUCGUGGCCUCCGUCCCUGACGGGGAGCACCCCGGAGCUUCCAUCUACCUGUAUGAAGAGGGGGAGCUCAUCAGCCGCUGCCUUGAGCUGCCCCCCAAGCCUCGCCCUCCCCUCCUCAGGGUGGUCGGGCACGAGAGCGUGCAGCUGACCUUCCAGCCGGCCGCGUACGGGAGGGCUUCCAUCUCCGGCUACCGGGUAGAGUACAAAGUCACGGGGGAAGAAGGCUGGGGGGCUGCGAGCACAGAGGACGGACGGGAGACGUUCCUCCUGGAAGGCCUGAGCCCGAACACGGAGUACCAGCUCCGAUACGCCGCCAGGAGCAAGCCGGGCCUCAGCGCGAGCAGCGACCCGAGUGCACCGGUGAGGACGCUUCCCACCAGCCCUCCCGGGAAGCCCAGAGAGGUCACCGCAGAGCCGUCCCUCAUCUCCGUGGCCUGGGAGAGUCCCAGCGCCGUCGGCGUGGGGGCCGUUAUACAGGAGUACAAAGUGGAGUACAGGGAGGGGGCUGGGGAGAAGAGUCGCGAGGCCAAAGGGGGGUGGAAGGAGAAGAGGACGGCAGGGAAGACGGAAGUCUGUGCGAUCGGCCAGCUGAAGCCGCAGACACGCUACAGGGUCCGGGUGUCGGCCGUGUGUGCCGACGGGGCUCAGAGUGCUCCCAGCGAAGAGGUGGAGGUGCUCACAUCCCCGGAAGAAGAAAGGGAGUCCAGACUGGCCCGCGCUUUCCUCCCGAAGAGCACCCUGCUGGAGAAGGGGCCGCCCUCCGUGUACGCCCUUCCUCUGCAGAAGGCCACGGCCGGUGCCACCAGGUCCUGUGUGACGUACCAGCUGGGUGAAAUGAACUUGCAGGUCCCCAGCAAGGUGAUCAUGAUGAUGGGGGCCACGGGGUCAGGGAAGACCGCCCUCAUCGACGGCAUGGUCAACUACAUCCUGGGCGUGCAGUGGGGAGACGACUUCCGGUUCAGGCUGAUCCACGAAGAGACCCGCAGAAGCCAAGCCGAGAGCCGGACCUCGGAAGUGACGGCCUACGUGCUGAACCACCAGGGGGGCUUCCAGGUCCCCUUUUCCCUCACCGUCAUCGACAUGCCGGAGUUUGGGGACACGGCAGGUGCGGAGAACGUGGUGGCCCGGAAGGUCAGGAGGUUUCUCUCCCCGCCAGGCGGCAUCAGCCACGUUGACGCCCUUGGACUCGUGGUUCCGGCCUCACUGGCCCGCUUGUCGCCUACGCAGAAAGCCGUGUUCGACUCCGUGCCCUCCAUGUUCCGGGCAGACAUGAGGGACAAUACCCUCGUCCUGGUCACGUGUGCGGAUGGGCAGCCGCCCCCGGUGCUGCAGGCCGUCGAGGAGGCCAACGUGGCGUGUGCCAGGGAUGCCAGCGGGGGCCCCGUUCACUUUUCAUUCAACACUUCAGCACUGCUUGCCAGCAAGAGCCGGGACAGCCUCAAUUUUGCUGAAAUAUUCUGGAAAAUUGGUACCUCGAGCAUGAAGACCUUCUUUGACUCACUGGACAUGUUAGAAAGGAAACGUUUGUCCCUGAGAAAUGCAGUUCUCCGGGAAGAGAACGAAGCGAGCAGUUCUGUGAGGCGGCCGGUCGAGCCCUGGAUCAAAGACGGGCCGAUGUCUUUGCAAGCGCCGACUCCGCAAGGUCCCAAUCGGCGGGCGCUGGGUGAGACCGACAGCGGAGAGCGUGAGUAUGGAGAGCUGGCCCUUUCCCCUCUUCUUGCUUAUUUUCAACAUGUGCAGCAGAUAGAGAAGGGGCAAGCGGGGGGAAAGCGGCCAAGGGCUGCCCCAGAGAGUCAAGGAGCAGCUCCUCGUUCCAGCCCCUUUGCAGGGAUCGGAGGUCUGCACCGACCUCUCUCCCCUCCAGCCCGGUCACUUCUCCGUCUUCCCUGCCUCCGCCUGAGCAGUGAGUGGCGGAUCGUAAGGGUGCUGGUAACGGGUCGAGGUCUCAGGCCCGGGCAGGAGUUGCAUUUCUUCCGCCGUCCUGUGAAUCGUGCCCUGUAGGCCGUCCACCCCUGCACGGUUCUCCCGCCGGCCUCCGGCCCACUCGCCGCGCUCGCUCCGCC